GCACAACUUAUGUAUGAGAGCAGAUCGGUUGGAAAGAAUAUCGCCCAGGAGCAUAUCCCAUAGGGGUGAUGAAUAGGAGUUGCUCAUAUGGACUCCCGCCGCUUAACCACGCCGCCUACGAACAACUCAACAUAGGAACGCCUUGCCCACCACUCACGCAAACAUGAUCGAGUUCCUUCUUAUGGUCAACAAGCAGGGCCAAACGAGGCUAAGUCAGUACUACAACAACCUCAGCAUCGAAGAGAGGACAAUCCUUGAGGGGGAACUCAUACGGAAAUGCCUGUCCCGAGUCGACUACCAGUGCUCCUUCCUGCAGUACAGGGAGUACAAAAUUAUUUAUAGAAGAUAUGCCAGCCUCUACCUCAUCGUCGGAGUGACAAACCAGGACGUAAACGAAUUCGCCAUACUCGAAAUGAUCCACAACAUUAUAGAAAUUUUAGAUAAGUACUACGAAAAUGUAUGCGAACUAGACAUCAUGUUUAACAUUGACAAAACGCAUUUUAUAAUUGACGAAAUUGUGUGCAACGGGGAAAUAUGCGACAUGAACAAGUCCAACGUCCUCCGCCCAAUUUUGCUAAUGGACAAAUUCUCUCCAAAAAUGUGA